AUGGUCCACGCUAUGACACACGCGACUUUCCCUAUCCCCGGAACGGUUCAGCAGGUGGACGUUAAUCACAACCUGCGCGUGCGCCAUGGCGAGGGUCAAAAAGAUAUCGUUUUGAUUCCCCAGCCCAGCUCGCACCCAGACGACCCCCUCAACUGGUCGUUCAAGCGCAAGACGCUGAAUAGUUUCUGCCAAAUGGCCUGGUGUUUCUUUGCUGCAGCUCUGAUUAGCGGUCUCUCUCCAGCCUACCUGCUAAUUUCGAAAGACACGGGCAUCUCCGUCGCUGACCUCAGCACUGGGAAUGGCAUUAUGUAUCUCUUCAUGGGUUGGGGUACACUGAUCACCCAGAACCUAGCACAGAACUGGGGUCGUCGUCCCGUGCUUAUCAUUGGCAUGUUGGGUGCCUCGUUGCUGACAAUCUGGUCGGCCUAUGUCAAGAGUGUGGGCGAAUGGUACGCAAACCGAGUCUUGAUAGGCAUCUUCAUGUCGCCACAAGAGGCUUUGAUUGAACUCUGCAUUUCUGAUGUUCAGUUCACUCACGAUCGGGGGUUCCACAUGGGCAUAUAUAACUGGACUCUGUGGUGCGGUGCAUUCUUGGCUCCCAUUGCCGGUGGCUUCGUUGCCGACAAUUUGGGUUGGAGAUGGAUCCAGUACAUUCUUGCUAUCAUCUGUGUUUGCGUGGCAAUCUUCAUCUUCUUUGUCUUCGAGGAAACCAUGUUCUUUCGCAAAGCCAACCUCAACCAGGAAGAUUUCAUUCCCAUCACAGAAUCACCCCCAUCUUCAUCCGUCGACGCAGAAAAGGGAAUGACCGAUGUAGAAAAGGGAUUAAACAACCCUAAAGUCGAAGUCGACAUCUCCAGCACUCCCGCCUCAUCUGGAACGUUAUCCGCGAAGACCUAUGCGCAGAAACUCAAGCUAUGGGGUCUUCGCAGCCCAGAACAACCUUAUACAUUCUUACGCUCGAUCUACCUGUCGUUCCGCUUGCUGCUGUUCCCUACCCAUAUCUUCUCCGGUUUGCUUGUUGGUUGUAUCUUGGCCUGGUAUAACGUGUUGGGUGGCUCCCUGGCCGAGGUCCUUGGUGGAGCGCCUUACAACUUUACCACCGACCAGAUUGGUCUUACCUACUUUGCAAGCGUCAUCGGUGUAUCCGUUGGCUGCUACUGCAGUGGUUGGCUGAGCGACAUCCUAGCUAUCAGACUUGCUCGCCGACGCCAAGGUAUCAAGGAGCCCGAGGAUCGUCUGUGGAUGGCAGUUAUUGCCGUUGUUGCCCAUCCCUUGGGCUGCCUUCUGUACGGUGUCGGUGCAAGCCACCAUAUUCAUUGGAUCGGCGUCGUCAUCGGUGUAGCUUUCUUAUGUCUUACCCUGCCCAUGGGUUCCGGUUUGGCCAUCACGUACAUUAUCGACAGUCAGAAGGAGCUUGCUGGUGAAUCCAUCGUGACCAUCAUCUUGAUUCGUAACACUAUUGGUUUUGCAUUUGCCUACGCUGUGAAUCCAAUGAUAGACAACAUCGGUCUACAGAACACUUUCAUCCUCAUCGCUGUGCUCGGUGUGUUAUUUUGGUGUGGGUGCUUCCUGUGGAUUGGCGUCGGAAAGUCGGCUCGAAAAUUGAUUGCAGAGCCCUACUGGACAAUUGUCAGGAAGCAUGGCCUGGCGGCUCACUAG